UUUUAAGAUUUUUGGCCGGACUUAAUUUUCACUUUAUCACCACGUCAUCUAUCAUUAAAACAGGCUUUAAGAAUGAAUAAAAAUAUGAGGAGAGCAGCAUGUACUCUUUCACCAUAACAACCUUUCCAUCAAUUAGAGUACAGUAAUAUCUACAUUUUUUUCAAAGGAUCAGGAUUCGUUGUUCUUUUUCAAUUAUAGGCAUUUAUUAUAGGCUGUUGUUGUAUUCGCUGGUUUUGUUUUUAUUAGAGAUCAGAAAGUUUUUCAUUGAACCAGCUCAGCUGUCAAAAAAAAAUCUACACACAGAACACGAAAAUAGUACUUUACAUUGGAGAUGAAAUCGCUCGCUUAUCGCUUUCCUCCAUUACCUGCUAAAUUCAGCAACACCACUCCGGAACAAUACUUGGAUCGUUUGAUUGAUGUUUGCAAAGAGUAUGAAUGGCUGAUCGAUGCGUUGGCCUUUGACAUUUUCACACAUAACUACUGGGGGAAAUUUCCUGCAGAAUGGACAGAAGCGCUUAUGAGUUACGUUGAUGAAGCUGGUGAUGAUCGUUGUGCUUGUGCAGUAUUAGAACUUACUUCGAAAGAAGCAGAUUAUUCUCGAUGGCCUACAUCCUUAAAGGCUUAUUUAGAAACCAUAAGAGAUUUACCAUUACCUCGAGACGUCUUAAAUGAAAAAGAAAACGAACGACCUAAUAUAAGAAGGAGGCAUUUCGUCUGUUAUUGACUUGGGUUCAGGCCAAGGUUACUUGUCGCGUGCUCUUGCCUUUGAUUACGGCCUGGAAGUUCUUGCUGUCGAUAUGUCUGAAGUACAGACAAAAGGAGCCAUUCGGUUUGACAAAAAAGCGUUGAAAGAGUCGUCUUCGUCGUCGUCGUCGUCGUCGUUCUCGAAGGCAGCAGCAUUUGAAAAGAAUUUAAAACAUGUGACAGAAAAGAUUACACCUGAG